AUGACCACCCUAGGUACUGCAGACCGCCUUGGCCCACAACCGCCAGAUAUACCUGACCCGGCCCUGGCAGUGUCUUCUGCAAUUGCGCCUAGUUCUUUGGACAUGUCUGCUCAGUCCGAGAUCCUCAAUGCUACCGAGCCCUAUACCCUGGACGGCUACUUCAAGUCCUCCCAUGCCUCCUACUCGAGCCAUACGCCUGGCUCGAAGCUGAGUUCUGUUUCUUCUGAAGAAGACGUUCCGCUUUCCAUGAGGUUUAUGCACAAGCCGCUGCGUUCCGGAGACCAGUUCCGCAAAGCCAGCGACCCUACAAGACGAAACCUGAUAGCAAACGCCCACAUCGACGAUACCUCCCGGCCCUCCUCAUCAUCCGGAUUCGGCCUCCCUGCUGCGGAGAGCCCUGAUGGACGGCUACCGCUUGGUACGCAAGAAGCUGGAUCAAAGUCUCUACCUUCGACACCGUCUUUCAAGCUGGUUCAUUUUGGCGGCGAUGCCGAUAUUCGCUAUUUCUCCAAGAAGGACCGGCCCACAGCCAUUCUGGCUCUGAACUCACCCGCCCUCGUACCGGAUAGCGACGAUGACGAGCAGUCCCAGGAAUUUCAAUACUUUGACGACGAGUUGAACUCCCACGUCGAUCCCCACCGCUCCUCGGCCGCCAUCACCAAGUACCCUACACCCCAUCACGGUCGGCUCAUUGACUGGGAUGUGAAAAGGGUCUUUGUCUCUAUCGACAAGCGCUUCCUCUUGGGCCACAUCGCCGUCAGCAACAUUGCCUAUGAGAAGACAGUCACGGUACGUUAUACGUUGGACAAGUGGGCUACCAUUGUCGAGAUUCCAACUAUCUAUGUACCCGAUAUCCCGGUGUCUUUGCGCAAAAAUAACUACGACCGAUUCGUCUUCAAGAUCCCGCUUGAUUCCAUGUUUAACUCGUUCCACACGAGAGACAACUCAGAUCUGUUCACCAGAGAGCAUCUGAAACUGUACCACUUGUGCAUCCGCUACUCUGUCCCUGGACACGAAUUCUGGGAUAACAAUGGUGGAAGAGACUACCUGAUCAAGAUCAAAAAGACGAUCCGCUCCAGCGAGCAGCUGGCUGGUCCAGACUUUGUCGCUGACGAUAAAAAGCAAACUCCUCGUCUUCGUGGAGGUGGCGUGGUACCUCCCAAAAUGGCUCGCUCAAAGCCGGAGGCACACAGCCAAAGGCCAAAAUACUCAUCCCAUUACUUGAAACGGUUCAAUUCGGAACCGAACUUGAAGGCCCUGGAUCCCAAAGAUAAGCCGGCUGAAAAGAACGAUUUCGAAAGCAAUGGGUUCUAUCUUUCCUCGCCAUUAUUCUCCAGCAUCAAGAACAAUCGUGGCGACGCACUCUAUGACGAUCAAGACAAUCUCAAGGGCCACUCGGGACACCGUUAUCUGCACAAGACCCUCAAUUCUGAUAAGAAGAAUAAGCAUCAUUCUCAGCAUCCUCAACAUUUCAAUCUGAUCGCAACAGAUCUGACAUUGGUUGCUGAUGAACCAUCCCCUAUGGAGGGUGUUGUCCCUUCUCAUCAAUUGCACGAUGAACCUUCCGUCCGUCUUUCCGAUAACAUCCUGAGCCCUAUUAAUCUGAAGUCUUACAAGGAGCUUUUGGAAUCUUAUUGCUUCUUUACUUCUCCCUCAAGUGAGGCUUCCACCGAUGCUACGCUGACAACACUUUCGCAGUUGGACCCGAAGCAGGUUGGACCAGAGCGAUGUCUGGAUAACGACAGUGCCUUCACCGUAUCUUCAUUUUUACGGAAGUGA